GUUUCAGGUGCGCUACAGAAGCCCCAAAUCACUUUCAGUCCGGCUCCGGAGGUAAACUGGGGUGAAAGAGUUGAGAUCACCUGCAGUGUAGUAACAGAGCACAUGGGUGGGACAUUCGUCCUUAAAAAGACUCAAGGAUCAUUUCAAAUGGAAAAAAUCUCAGAGAACGAAGCUGCAACAUUUAUCUUACCUAGAGCGGACUUCAGCCAAAGGGGGUCAUACUUCUGUGAAUAUCAGAAGAAAUUACCCAAUCAAGUCAUCUAUUAUCCUCAAGGAAAUACUGCUGAGCUCUCUGUCAAAGUGAAAUUGGAGAAGCCCAGCAUCUCCCUGACAUCUCCACAUGCAAUGGUGAUCUACAGCCCUGACAAAAUAUCGGUCACCAAAGGCAGCAGCUUCUCCAUCACAUGCUCCAUUCACUCUACAUAUCCGGGAGGUUUCUUCUAUCUGACAAAGUCUAACAAGAGCACAGUUGCUUCAUUGCCAGCAUUUGGCCACUCUAUCUUCUACAUGGCCUACUUUGAAUUCCCUGCGCUCGAUUAUACAAACCAAGGAGAGUAUAACUGUGUCUACGGGCUUAACAUUUCCUCAAUGUCCUUCUGUUCUCUUCCCUCCAAGUCACUUCAAGUCACUGUAAUUGCAACUUCAUCCUCUUCAGUGGUCUCAGGACUAGUGGGUGGGCUGGUGGUGUUGGUACUCGUGCUGGUUAUAGGUUACCUGGUCUGGAGAAGAAGAAGGCAAGGUGCUGGUACCAUUGUUCAGUUUAGUAACAGGUUUGGAGGAGCAAUAAAGCAGGACGUGGAUGAAAGGAGUAAUGGAGCAUUUGAUGGAAGAAUCCACAAUACCCAAGUGAAUGAGAAUGCACAGAGUAGCAGCCCGGAACACAACAAUGCUGAUGUUGAUAACUCUGUUGAGAGGGUCCCUGAAGACCUGGCUGGGAGAGUGUGUUAUGAGCUUCAACCACUCGUUCUCUCGUGAUAACAAAAGGCUUCAAGGAA